AUGUUAGCUCUAACUCACCACGCUAGAACAAUAAACAAGAAGAUGAAAAUUCAAGUGUUUGUGUUCCUUUUGUUUCCUUUUGUCACUGUGUCCGAUGAUUCGGUUCCAUCAAGAAGUCCCUAUGCGAAAUAUGAGUCGAUCUUCAACUUUGGCGACUCACUGAGUGAUACUGGGAACUAUCUUGCAGUCGGUGCACCAGGACUUCCCCAGAUUGCUCACCUCCCUUAUGGAGAGACCUUCUUCGGAAAUGCGACUGGCCGCGCUUCAGACGGACGUCUCAUUGUUGAUUUUAUCGUAAGUGUUCAAGUUGGCUGGUUUAAGAAGUGGAAGUCCUCAAUCUGUACUACUAAACAAGAAUGUGAUAGCUACUUUAAGAAGUCGCUGUUCCUGGUGGGGGAGAUUGGUGGAAAUGACUACAACAUACCCUUCUUAUUUCUCGGAGCUUCCAUUGAACAAGUUCGACCCCUUGUGCCAUUGAUCAUCGAAGCUAUUAUUAAUGCCACCACAGCCCUAAUUGAAGAAGGAGCAGUAAACAUGGUAGUUCCUGGAAAUCUGCCAGCGGGUUGCGUACUGGCUUACUUGACCAGAUUUCAGAGUUCUAAUCAGUCGGACUAUAACCGAAUAACCGGGUGUGUGGACGCAUUUAACGAAUUUUCGAAGUAUCACAACCAAUUGCUCGUUGAAGCAUUGGAGACUCUAAGAGAGAAAUAUCCGCAAGCAAGGAUCAUGUAUGCAGACUACUACGGUGCUUCAAUUGGGUUCUAUUACACUCCAAAACUCUACGGAUUCUCUGGAGGGAGCAUUACAGCGUGUUGUGGAGGUCGUGGACCGUAUAAUUUCAAUAUCUCUAGCUUUUGCGGUGUGCCUGGCUCCACCGUUUGUAAAGAUCCAUCGACUUUUGCGAGCUGGGAUGGUGUUCAUUGGACAGAGGCUGCAUACCGGUACAUAGCGAAGGGAUUGGUUUAUGGUCCCUUCACUUCUCCACCUCUCUAG